AUAAACAGGAAGUUGAUUGGAAAAAAAAAAUCCCAGCUCAGAUUCAGCUCUCUUUGUUCCUGCUGAAGAGUUCAUAAGUACAACUAGUGAGCAGUAUAGGAAGUACAUGGGACAAGAAGCACGACAGUGACGAACCUGAGAUGUUGUAAUUUAGACUAGAGAGAAGUACGUGUGUCGUUGGUACAAUGGAUAGAGACAAGAAAAAGACACCCCCAGACAGCGACGGAGAAAGAAAGCUGAGAGAGUUUAUCGACGCUGCUGUGCAGACAACUGAGCAGGGCACAGUGGGCCGCAAACCUAAAAAGCGAUGUGGUUGCCUGCUAGUGUUCCUUCUGUCGGUGGUGAUCGCGGUACUGGCCGUGGCUACAGCCCUCGUCGUCAAGAGCUACGAGAUGAGGCGAAUCGGGGAGAUGAUGGUCCGCAGCAAGAUCGGGGAGGAAGGCUACGCAAUGUUCCAGUCCUACGACCGAGACUCGGAUGGUUAUCUGAGCCUGGCUGAGUUCGAACCUCUUCUGAACAAGUUGGCUGCCCCUGACAAUGUGCCUGUUGACUUUGACAGCUUUAUGCAAGACAUUGACCCUUUACAAGAGGUUCUCUCAGUCGAGACUCAUUUCCAGGCGCUCAUUCCAGAAUCCAUGACCACGGAAAGGGGUGGUGUAUUCAGUAAUAAGGAUGCUAACUUAGCAGGGCUUGAUGAUUGGAUGAGCCCCUUCCGUUCCGUGGCAGGCUUUGGCGUGCCGCAGUUUACCGCCUUUCUGCCCGAGGGCGCCGUUCCGGUGGGCCAGGUCUACGAGCUGGUCAGGUCCAACCUGAACGUGUUCUCCAACACUUUGUCCAGCAAUCGUUACUACCCGCCGCAGACCGUGGGCCGGGAGGUUCUACUGCACGCGCUCCUGAGCAUGUUCCACCCGCGGCCGUUUGUCCACACGCGCUUCGGGCCGCAGGGGGCAGCGGCCCUAAUCCGCGCUGAGAAUGAGAUGUAUGUUGACGUUGUCUUCAGGAUUCACGCUGAGUUUCAGCUGAAUGAGCCUCCCAUCAACCCGUUUUGGUUCACACCAGCUCAAUUCACUGGUAACCUCAUCAUCAAGCGAGACUCUUCCCACAUUGAACACUUCCAUCUCUAUGUACCCAGCAAUAAGAGCCUCAAUGUUGAUAUGGAGUGGAUGAAUGGCCCCAUGGAGAACGAAAACAUGGAGGUGGACAUCGGCUACAUGCCACAGAUGGAGCUGACCGUCUCCAGCCCCUCCAGCCACAUCUCGGUCUACGGCGAGAACGGGGAGGUCCUUCAAGAGGCCGCGCCCCCGAUAAAUGACCUGCUGAACGGCAACGUCGUCUGGAAUAACCAGAUCACCAUGGAAGAUGCAUUCAGCAUACUGGAACUCCAUUAUUAUUCGUUUAAAAAAGUGCCUUAUUUGUCAUUUUCUGAAGCCUUCCAGCGUGCAGCCGCAGAGGAAAAGCUGGUCCAUUCCAUUCUUCUCUGGGGGUCGCUGGAUGACCAAUCCUGCUGAGGUUCGGGGCGUACUCUUCGAGAGACGGCUCUCGAGAGUACGCCCGUCAUCACGCUGCUGGAGGAGCACUUCAUCAGCAGCUGGUCGCUGGUGGCUGACCUGGAGAAGAUGAAAGAAGAGAGGACCCAGGACCACAGGGAGUUCACCCCAGUGGCCAAGCUGGCUUCUACUUGUCUGGAUGCUUACUCUUUUCCGGUGCAAAUGUCCAUUAUGCUUCCUAAUGGCACAGUGGUUCACAGCGUCAAUGCCAACGAUCUCCUGGACAUGGGCCAGGAGCAGCCAACCAUCUCACAGGUUUUCACGGAUCCUCUGGUGUCGACGUACGUCAAAUUCCUUGAAACAGGUCUGGACAAGGCAAAAGCUUUUCAAUAGGAUGCAACUCGGCACAAGAAGAGUAAAAAUCAUGGUUCAAAUCACCGGUACCCAGCAGCUG